CAACCAAUCCUAUAGCCGAGCUAUUGCUAAUCAUCAUGUCCGUAACAACUCUCCCUGUAAAUAAUAACACUACCACCACUAACUCAACAACAACCUUCUCUAAGAAUCAACUCAUUGCUCAAGAAGAAGCAGAGUGGACAAAGAAGAAGGAUCGUUUUCUAACUUGUAAAGAAGCACUGAAUAGAAUCAUGUGGGAUUCUGAUUUAAAUGAUGCCUAUCUUCACUUGUCAAUGAUUUACAAAGACAGAUUUGAAGGUGACACUUUUAUUUCAUAUGAAGAAUUCUUAAAUAGUGAUUUGGCAGAAGAACUUCCACAGCACAGAAUUCAACAAUUGAUCUACAGAGAUGAAUACGUAUUCUGGGAUAAGAAUAACAGAAUUGAUUUGUUAUCAAAUGGUCAAUUAAGAGAAUUGAUUUUGAAAUUCCAAAGAGAAGAAGAGGAAAGAAUUGCUAGAGAACAAGCUGAAUUCACAACUGUUUUGCAACCAACUCCAACUCCUGAAACCUCAACAAGUUCAAAAAAGAAGAACAAGAAGAAUAAGAAAAUCAUGAAGGAAUUUGUUAGAAAUCAAGAAACAGUUCAACAAUAUAAUUCUUCAUCUUCAUCUGAGGAAGAAGAUGAUUAUGAUCAAUAUAUGGAAGAAUAUGAUGAACAAUAUUCAAGAUAUUUGAAUCAUUAAAUGAAAAAUAAUUAUUUUGU